CGUUCCGACAAGAAACAUUAUUCAAACAACAAUAACAGAGUACACUUGUGUUGUAAAUAAAAAUAUAGUUUUAUUUAAAAAAAUGUUAUCAAGUAUGAAAAUAAAUGGAGAGUUAUUAAAAAAAGUAUUAGAUACGCGGCCCAUGUAUUCCUUGUUAAGGAACUAUUCGCAAAAUGUGGAGGAUAUUUUGCGCCUGGAUGGGAAUGGGGAGAAGUACAACUUCAAGGAGAAGUACAGAGUUCUGGACGAGAAGGAUUAUGCCAGAUUCUUCAGUAAGAGGUCUUUGAAACGGGAACCAGCAUUGACCAGAUCAUUGACAUCGAUGGUGUACAAAAUUGGCAAACAGAUGAUAUCUUUAGCUGAAGGAAUGCCAAACGAAGGCAUCUUUCCUUUUGACCGACUCCAAAUGACCAUGAAGAACGGUAACACGAUGGUGCUUGAUGGAAAUGAGCUGGCAAUGGCGUUGCAGUACUUGCCUUCGCAGGGUCUUCCUAGCCUUCUCAAACUUCUACGCGAGUUUCAAGAAGAUCUUCACCGACCUCCAUCACUAGACCGUGACGUUUUAAUCACUAAUGGAGCCCAGCAUGGCAUCUACCAGUGCAUAGACAUGUUAGUAGACCCUGGAGAUCCCGUCAUCACAACGGAAUACACUUUUACCGGAUACAAUAGUGCACUUCGUCCCUACGAUCCUGAAGUCCUAGCGAUCCCUGAAGAUGAAGACGGAUUAAUUCCCGAAACUUUAGAAUCAGUUUUAGAGGAGAGGCUUUCCCGGGGAUUAAAAAUGCCCCGUGUUUUGUAUCUGAUUCCAACAGGAAAUAAUCCUACUGGGACCAUAAUCUCCGCUGCUAGAAGACGGAAGAUAUAUGAGCUGGCCUGCCGAUAUGACUUUCUUAUUAUAGAGGACGAUCCUUAUGCAUUUUUGAAUUACUCUAAUGUGAAACCUCCAUCAUUUUUAUCAAUGGACCAGUGCGGGCGUGUUAUUCGCCUGGACUCUGUAUCGAAAGUGGUUUGUGCGGGACUCCGCGGUGCGUGGAUGACUGCACCCGCUCCGUUUAUUGAAAGAGCAGAGAGACACUCGCAGGCCGAGCUACUGCAUCCAUGUACACUAUCACAGGUAAUAAUACAACGGCUGUUAUCCGAGCGAAGUGACUUGGCUGCCCACAUUCAUUCAGCAAAAUCCUUCUAUGAACAGCGUUGUGGAGCAUUAGGUGACGCAUUACGAGGCCUAUCCCACCUUGCACAAUGGUCACAACCAAAAGCUGGACUCUUCUAUUGGUUAAGGCUUCAAGGCAUCAGCGAUGUGUAUAACAUGACAUUCCGCACUGCCAUUGAACAUGGUCUGAUGCUGUGUCCGGGACAGGCUUUUCAAUAUGACCACAGCGCUCCCUCACAACAUUUGAGGCUUACUUUUACAAGAAUUAAACUCGAAGACAUUAAUACCGCCGUGCGCCGCUUAGCGGAUGUUAUUGACAUCGAACAGAAAUUGGAACUAGAAAGACUUCCACAAAGAUGGGCUACUGAACGAUAGGUGGCGCUUAUCACAGUAGUUUAUACAAACUUUAUUCUUCGAUUAUAAAGAGUACUAUAUUAGUUAUAGUACGGUACUUAAAUCUUUUAACUAGUAUUUAUAUUUUUUUUACUAUCGGGUAUUUACAAUAUUUUAUUGAACAAUCUUAACAAUGUUUUCAUUAUCUCUGCUAUCUGUUGAUAGAUGACGUAACUACAGAAACUACUAUUUUAGUAAUAAGUUAGUUUUAAUAAUUAGUUGACGCUAGAAAUGUAAUUAAUAAUUAC